AUGGGUAAUAAAAGAAAGAAGAAUAAUAGACAACAACAACAGCAGCAACAACAAAAGGGUGCAGUUGAUGAUGGAAGUGGAAGUCCAAACUCAUUGAUUGAUACAAGGAAUACAAAGAAGAAUAGAACUGAUCAAUCAUGGGAUCAAGGUACCAACGCAAAGCAAUGGGCUGACAUCGUUACACGUAACGAGUUGUUUGAGAACUAUUACAAAAAAAUGGGCAUACUCAAGACUGAUGAGGAGUGGAAGUUGUUCAUGGAUACAAUGGGCAAACAACUACCAACUACAUUUAGAAUCAAUACUACUAUUGGACAGUUGACUCAGGUUGUGUUGGAUCAAUUGCAGGCUGUGAUUAAGGCAUUGCCAAAGGAGGUCGAGGUCGAGGGUACCGUGUACUCACUGCCCACCGAGAUACCAUGGUAUCCAAAUCAUCUGGGCUGGCAUUCGCCCGUGCCCAAGCGCGCAUUCAGGAAGAACCCAGUGCUUUCGGACUUCCAAAAGUUCCUGGUUCACCACGACGAGCAGGGCAAUCUGACGCGCCAGGAGGCCGUCAGUAUGAUCCCACCCGUCUUCCUCGAGGUCCAGCCCAACCAUAUGGUCCUGGACAUGUGCGCUGCGCCUGGCUCAAAGACUACACAGAUCAUUGAGGCUCUGCAUCAAGGCGUGCCCAAGGACACAUUGCCCAAGGGUCUGAUCAUUGCCAACGACGUCGACACUAGUCGUUGCUACAUGCUUGUGCAUCAGACUGCACGUUUGGGUACACCCUGCAUCGUCGUGACCAACCACGAGGCUCAGAACUUCCCCCUUCUCACUCUGGACCAGGACGAUGGCAGCAAGCUCCCUCUGCAGUUUGACAGGAUCUUGGCCGAUGUGCCCUGUUCAGGCGAUGGCACUCUGCGCAAGAACCCGGACCUGUGGCAGCGCUGGACCGUCAUGGCCGGCGCCAACCUGCACAAGCUUCAGGUAUCGAUUGCGACACGUGCCGCCAACCUGCUCAAGGUGGGCGGUCGCAUGGUCUACUCGACAUGCUCGCUCAACCCUCUCGAGAAUGAGGCCGUCGUCAUGGAGUUGAUCAGGCGCGCUGAGGGAUCGAUCAGAGUGGUCGAUGUCAGCGCACAACACCCCGAGCUCAUCCGUGCCAAUGGCAUGUACACGUGGCCCGUCAUCGACCGCGAGGGUGAGUGCUUUGCCAAAUGGGAUGACGUGCCACCCAUGAAGAAGGCCAAGAUCCCGCAGACUUUCUUCCCACCCACUGAGGAGGCGGCACGCGCUGCUGGUCUUCAGCACUGCAUGCGUGUCUAUCCACACUUCCAAGACACUGGUGGAUUCUUCAUCACCGUCCUCGAGAAGGUGGCUGACAUGCCCAAACAGAUUGGAAAGCGAUUCUUGGAUGGCACAGCAUCAGCUGCACCAACAACCUCGACCACUACCACUACAACCACCUCUGAUGCCCCAACAUCCCCACAACAGGAGUCUGUUGACUCACCAACAACAGCCGAGCCAGCAGCAGAGGAGAAGAAGAAGAACAACCCAUACGUGAGGUUCAAUGAGGAGCCAUUCAUAUUGUUGACUGAGGAGAACUUGAAAGAGGUGGACAUGGCCGUGCAGUUUUAUGGCCUCAAGCCAACUUUCCCAAUCGCCAACCUCUUGACGAGGUCGGAGAAGAUGGGCAAGCUCUACCUGGCGUCCGACCCAAUCGUGGAGUUGGUCAAGGGCGACAAGACGCGACGACUAAAGAUUAUCAACGCAGGACUCAAGGCAUUCCAGAAGCACGAUGGUUUGGGCAUGAUGACAUGUCCCUACCGUAUCUCUCAGGAUGCCGUCUCCUGGGUCCAGCCAUUCAUGACGAAGCGUGUGCUUCAGUUAUCGCACGACGACCUCGUGCACAUCGUCAAGGUCUCCGAGCCCAUGUUCACCGAGUUCCCCAAGGAGCUCGAGGAGCGUCUCGAGGCUUUGGAUCCAGGCUGCUUUGUCAUCACUGUCGAUGGCUCUGAUCAGGAUCAGAGCAGAGGCAUGAGGUUCUGUGUGUGGCGUGGAAAGAAGUCAAUCCAUCUUCUCGUGCCCAAGCAAGAGGUACAAUCACUGGCCAACAUACUCAAGAUUACAAUCGAGAAGCCAAAGAAUCACAGGGUCAAGGAGGCGACAGGAGUCCUCGAGGAGGAGGCCGAUACUACGACCACAACCACGACAACCACAUCGACAGUCAACAUCGACGUCCUGAAAACCAACAGCUCAUAA